AGGAUCUUGCUAAGAUUUUGUGGUCCUUAGAUUGAGUCAGUCAGCGGGUGAGAGUCUAAGUCGUGAGGAGUGGAACUGAUUUCUGGUUGUGCACCUUUCACCAUGGUUGAGACGCGUAGUGGCAAGAGCACCACCCCUUACACCCAGGCUCAGGAAGAGCAAGCCGUCGCCAUAUUGCGGGAGCGAAAAGAGAAAGAGACUAAGAAGGAGUUAAUUAGACAGGCUAACAAGUUGGUCGUGCAGGAGGAGCAAGCGGCGAAGAAGAGGAAGCUGGAGGAGGAGAUGGAAAGAUUGAAGGAGGAAGAAGAGAAGAUGAAGGAAGUGGAAGAGGAGGAGAUAGAAGAAGAAGAACCUUUGCUCAGAAGGAGUGCAGAGCAGAGAGGUGAAACUAGCGACACGAAGAAGGACGCAUCAUGGCUGGAGAAGAAAGUGUCGGAGUGGGUAGCUAAUUUAUCUCUGGGAGAAGAGGAAGAGGCCAUGUUAUAUGUUCCCCUAGAGGAGAAGGAAGUCGUAAUCAGGGAGUGGGAAGAGGAAAAAGACCCUCUGAGACAUCAGACUAUAGAGGAGGGAAAAAAGUUGGAACGGAAACUACGUCUCACAAGGGAAAAUAAGAGAAGGAUGGAGGAGGCAAACAAGGUGGCGAGGGAGUUGGGGGUGAUAAAGGUGCAAGAAGAUAUACAGGGAAAGUUAGAUGUUAUUUCGAGAAACAUAGAACUCCUCGCCAGAGCCUGGGACGAGCAACACCAGUUCUCUAGAGCCCAGGACAUCGCCUUGCACUUCAUCCGCCUGGGAUUUAGGGAUUGUGCACGUGAGAUGAUGCUGCACGUAGGUGCAGAAGUGCAAGCGAGAAUAGAGGGCACUGAGAAGUUUUGCAGAGGCGCCAUUGAGGGCGCAAAGCUGGCCGUGCCGAAGGAGGAAGAGCCACGCUAGAGAUAAUUGGGAGACCAACGUAAAUACAUACAUUUAUUUACAACAUAUCGUGCCAGAGCAACAAGUCCUCAUAGC